AAAGGCCAAACAAGGAGCAAUUAGUCAGAAUAAAAUCAGCUUUGAUGACAUUUUCCCUCCUGAACUCUGGUAUAAAAUGGUCACCUGAGGAAGAACUGAAAGGAUGUGUGAGGAAUUUGGAUGCAGAGCUGCAUGUUCAUACACAGAGUGCUGGGUGAAAAAUGAGCAGUCUAUGCAGGCUAAACUUGGUUUUCAUCCUGUGGAUCUCCAUGACCUUGGUGGGCUUGGGUUUCCCAGUUGGCCCUUCCAUGAGCACCAACCCUUUUUAUUUGACCUGCCAGCUGUACGGGAAAUGGGAUUCGUGCCUGGUGCUGCUGAGCAGCUGCCUCUCCAAGGUGGGCAGGGAUGAGGAGCUGCCUCUUGGGAAGCCUCUCCUGGAGCCCCCUCUCCACAAAAGGUCCUUCCGCAACGGCGUCGGAGCGGGAAUUAAAAAAACUUCCUUCCGAAGGGCAAAAUCCUGAGCAAAUGCCCCAAAACCCGGCCCAGGUUUUGACAUCUGAUGUUUCAGUCGUUGCUUCGAGUUCCUUUUGAUGCUUUUCUCUGACAAAGUCCCCAGAUGUCGAUUUCCGAGCGGAUGGGAGCGCUCGGGAAGGGCUUUGUUCCCAAAGUUACGGUAGCAUAAAGUUUUGUCUGGAAAUGAAUGUUUUCAUUUGCUUAAUUUCCCUCCUUUGUCAAGCUGCAGAUUUUAAUCAAGUCGCUCUUUGAUUGACACAAAGGUAAUCCCGUGCUUUUGAGGAGAUGUGUGCGCACAGCCUGUGGGGAGGAUGGAGUAUUCCCAAAAUCCUUCCUCUCUGCCAGGCACGAGGCAUUCCUGUGCUUUCCCCUCCCAAAUCACAUUGACCUGGAGACAGCUGGUAAUUUUAAUACAGAUUUAAAGUACAUUUCAUUUCAGGUUUCCAAUGAUAUGGAGGGCCACCGGUGAAAGAAUCAGGCCCUGCUUUUAACUUCCACUGCCUUUUCAAUAUAGUUAUUUAAAAUGACUUUGGCAGGAAAUCGUCUCCAGAGAUCUCUCAUCUCAUACCCAGAAGAAUCCUGGGAAGUCACUCUAAGGCAGGGAAUCAGCACCGCUCCCCAUCCCUCAAUUAAUUGACUUAGGGUAGGCAACACCCAGCUGAUGAAAUGUGCCAAA